AUGGCAGAUCGACUGGCUGUCAUUCCCGUCGCUUCUGGACCUUUCGAGUGCCGCGGCGAUGGCCUACUUUACGGAGGAAUAAAAUGCGAAAACCCAAAGACGUUAAAGUACCUACUCCUUCCAACAAAGUCUUCUAAGGUGGUUGUGACCAGAGACAGGGAUCAUUCAAGGAUGUGGUGGAAAGCCCAGUGCGUCCAUUAUGGACUCCCCUCACCUCCAUAUUCCACUAUCAACACCUAUCGCGCUUGCCUCGAGAGGUCUCUCAGACAGCGUGGGGGCUUUACAAGACCACAGCAGUUGAUCGACUUGGAAAUAGAAUUGAACGCGACGUUCAGGCGUCUUAAUCCCUGGGUCUGCGAUACAGCUACCUCCAGCUUUCAGCAAGAGCUUAAGCCGACCGAUACGCAGAGGAAACCCCCCACCAGACAUAAGCGAACAAAUUCAGGCUCUUCCCAGACCAAAGACUCAAAAAAGCGCAAAAUAGACACUACGUAUCAUGUUAAUAUCAGUCAGCCAUGUGGAGGAGAAAUCAGCGUUCCGGUGCCAAUGACAAGAGCGCCUGUCGACCCAUCUGCGCCGUUCGCGCACAAGCACCACGAUCGUCCACCAGUUGUGUCGAAGAAGUCCGGGGAGAGACAAAACGUCCGGAAGGGUAUUCCGGGAGGGUCCAGCGGUAAAUACGAGCUCGAUUGUGGCUUCGGGUCUAAUUCUCGGUCCAAGGAGAAGCCUAAGCUCUAUGUUACGAUGCUUGAAUCUGGGUGGUUUCAAGCUGCUUUAUUACUGCCGGGCUUUUUCGAAUGUUUGAUCCGCCCAAGAACCGACGUUACAGUUGCAAUUAAUGGAUACCUUCGUUUCGAAUGGUGUGGGUGGAAUGAGCAGGCGGGUGAAAUUGUGCCUCCUAGUGCAAAGAACAUAGGAUGGCUAAAAAUAUAUCACGCUGAAGGUAGGGUCAAAGGCGCAAUACAAACGCCCUUGGGUCCCUACUUGAUUCAAGGACCAAGAGUUAAAUCUGGCUCCCACGUUAUUCAAGAAAAAUGGGAAGACUACAGUUAA